GUGGAACACUGGGAUGCCCUUGAUAACAAAACAGCUGCACCAUAAAACCCAAAACACAGUGCAGUGUGCACACAGCUGCUAGCUAAAGAGGCGCAGGCAAGAAAGAAGAGACACGGCCUUUUUGUGAAAUAUUCUUAGCAUUUAGUUUUUAGACCGUCAACGCAACACAGUUAUUUGUUCUUCGGUCAUUUUAGAUAAGUUGUGACUGAAGUGGAGCGGGGUUUGGGUUGGAUUUUUAAUGAGGACUGACCUUAAGUUUCACUAAGGAGAACAGGGCAGUUUGAUGCACAUGUCAUCAAAACCAGCAGCACCAUGAGUGCAGAGAUGGAUGCACUGACCGUGGUGAACCAGCUACGAGAUCUUGCUGCAGACCCAUUGAAUCGCCGGGCCAUAGUAGAGGACCAAGGCUGUCUACCAGGUCUGAUCCUGUUUUUUGACCACCCAAAUCCACAGGUCGUCUACUCUGCGUUAUUGGCUGUGCGUUACCUGGCAGAAUGUCGAGCCAACAGGGAGAAGAUGAAGAGCGAGCUGGGCAUGAUGCUGAGUUUGCAGAAUGUCAUGCAAAAGAGUACAUCACCUGGGGAGACCAAACUGCUGGCCUCUGAGAUCUACGAGAUCCUGCAGUCGGCCGGUAAAGAGGAAGCCGAACAGGCCGAGGCAGCUGCUGCCUCCUGCCGACGUAAAGCCCAUUUCUUCCUCGGCUCGAACAACAAGAGGGCCAAAACUGUAGUGCUGCACAUCGACGGACUGGACGACUCCGCUCGAAGAGGUCUGUGUGAGGAGGCUUUGUUAAAGAUUCGAGGAGUCAUCAGUUUCACAUUUCAGAUGGCUGUAAAGCGAUGUGUUGUCAGAAUCCGUUCUGACCUUAAAGCUGAAGCACUGGGAACAGCAAUUAACUCCACCAAAGUGAUGAAGGCGCAGCAGGUGAUGAAGACAGACGACGGAGGAGAGAUGAUCGUGCCAUUCCAGGAAGACACGGCAGUGCUGGUAGAGGAGAACACGGACAUCCCAGACUACCUUCCUGAAGACGAGAGUCCGUCCCAGGAGCAGGAUAAGGCCGUCACACGCAUAGGAUCUAUCACGGAUGGCAUGGGCUGGCUCGGCACAGCCGCCAACUUCCUGUCACGCUCGUUCUACUGGUGACAGUUUAUGCAUUUUCUGUCUUCUCCCUAUAAUAUCAAGGUACUAUCCAGCUGCAGGCAUAGCAUCUCUUACUCUCGACCCACGCUGAGCUCUGCCUCACUAGCCUAGAUCUCCUCUGUAGAGCGCACAGAGCUCGGCCAGAGGUGCUGGACUGCCGAGUGGAAGCUGCACUAACUUUAUGUUUAUGCUCACACUACUGGCUGAACGACUAUAAACUAGCAUAAUAUGCAUCUUAUUCAAAGAACUAUAAAUCAGAACCAAACAGCUUUGACUGAAGCAGAGAAGUGUUCCCAGACUGAUUUUUUUUUUUUUUUUUUUUU